AUGGAAACAGGACUGGCCGGCGAGCUAGAGGCUAUUGCAGCCAAAGGUCCGCCUACACCUAUGGGCAAGCCUGAGCCUGAUUCUGGUGACGAAGAGACGCAAAAUGGAGUACUUUCAGAAGUUCCGCCUGAAACGGAUGCAGUUCCCCAGCCGGUUCCGCCUGUGGGUCAGAAAAUGAUCUUUGACACUCCGGUGCUACCAGAACAACAACUUCAACAACAACCUGAAGCAAUGGUCACUGAAACGAGUGUCAUUGUUGAACAACAACAACAACAACAACAACAACAACCAGUGACUGAAGUACCAUCAGAUACUCUGGGACUGCAUGAUUUCGAUCUCAACACGUUUAUAGACGAAGCUCGAAAGAACUCCGAAGACCAAUUUACCGCUUUUAAGCGGCAAUUUAUUCAUAACCAUGAUAUAGCCAUGCAGAGGUGUAACAAUGAAGACGUUGCGCUUGAGUUUUCAAUGACUGAGACCGAAGUGGUAUUUCUCGUUGACCGUUUCAAAGCAGUAAUUGCUAAACCUGGAAAGUCACCUAUUCAAGUACUGAACGAAUUAUAUCCCGGUGCAGCCGGCGCAUCAAAUGUCAAGAUUGUCGACAAGGGCUCCUUCGGGCCCUCUCAUGAACCAUUGCACAUCACAUGUGUUUUCUUGGCAAAAGUGGGGUCAUUUCUGGGCAGAGCUAAAUCGAAGCAAGAUUCAAAACAGUAUGCUGCCAAACUGGCCGUUGGGUUUCUCUACCAGCUACAAAAACAAUACGAAUUGUCCGGUCUGGGAGAAUCAAGGAAGCGAAUGAUCAAUGUUCAGGAACAUGCUCCACCUAAAAAUAACAAAAAGAGUAAAAUUUCAAAAAUAAGUCAUGUUCAAAAUAACAUUUCACUAAACAUUGACUUGACUCACGAAACUGAUUCAUUUGAUUCUGGUGAAGUUAAAUCAGAAAAUGGAUCUUCUUUGAAGAGCACUGAACCGGAGGGUGUAAAUGAUGAACAGAUUGACGCAAAAGUGUUUCAAGAAGUUUCUUCUGCACAAAUUCUUGAUCGCAACAUUUCCAGAGCUAUUUACCACGCGGUAAUGGAAAAGUCGAGUGUAUUUUCACCUGCCAGUAUAGAGCAACUGAUUGCCAGUGAUGCGCCCCCAACUGAAACGUCUCACUUUAACCCACAAGAACUGUGGCCGUACAAGGAGUUGGCCAGCUUUGUCCUGGUCUCUGACCUUGACCAGAGCGUUCAAGUUCUCAGUCUGGCCACUGGGACAAAGAUGAUUAGCAGUGAGAACUUGUCACUGCACGGCGAUGUCGUCCUGGACAGCCACGCCGAAGUGCUCGCACGAAGAUCGCUGAUGUGUGCGCUGUACGAGCAAUUGCAGGCACUGCUCGAUAAUCAACUUCAAGAUAAACCAGAGUUUAUCUUGCAGCGGCGAGAAGAUGGAAAUGGCUUCUGCCUGAAACCGCACUUAAAGUUGCACCUGUACAUUACUUCUCCGCCUUGCGGAGAUGCUCGGGUAUUUAACUUUAACGCCUCGGAUAAAAAUAACCGCAACCACUAUGCAAAAGGACUGCUGCGCGUAAAGGUGGAGAAAGGCCAGGGAGCCAUUCCUAUGCCGGAGAACUACGUGCAAACUUGGGAUGCUAUUCUGGCUUCACAGCAGCGCGUCACCAUCAUGUCGUGUUCUGAUAAGAUUACCAUGUGGAAUGUGGCUGGCGUUCAGGGAGCACUCCUAAGUUACUUUUUGGAGCCAAUUUACAUUGAAAGCCUGGUCGUCUCACGGCUGUUCCGACCGACGAAUCUUCUCCGGGCUCUACAUGGGCGCAUCAUCAAAGCCGUUAUUGAGCCAAAGCUGCAGAACAACUCUCUGCAUCGCGUCAACCAACACAAAGUCGGUUUUUUCAAUCGCACUGGAAAUCAGACCAAGGAACUUUCGCAAACAAACUACCCGUACGCCCACAACUGGUAUUAUUCGCUUCGGGAAGGAGCUUCAGGGGAGAUUGAAAUGCUAAAGACGGAAAAUGGCGUCAACUUUUUCAACAGCAAAAAACCCUCACGACUGUGUAAACUUGCGCUGGUUUCGCGGUUCAACCAGCUAAUCAACAGCCACAGCAACAUUCCCAGCAUUAUCCCCUAUAAAGCGAACGAAGUACCUACCAGCAGUAGUGAUGAUCCGAACGCCAAUACUUUGCAAGUCCCUUACAAGCAGACCUACGAGUUUUUGAAAAACUCUUCAUCGUACUACCUGCAGGCGAAAACCGCCUUUUUCUCCUCCCUGAGUGAAUCAGGCUUGGGCACUUGGUCCAAGUCUCCCGCAGAUAUGGACUGGUUCUACCCCGAAUAG